CAGGCUCGGCCGGCCGCGCGCAUCCCCGGCGCCCGGCGCGGCGGCAGGCUCGGGCCGCGGGCGCCCACGAGCGGAGCGGACAAAGCAAGAUGGCAGGGAUCCUCGCCUGGUUCUGGAACGAGAGGUUCUGGCUCCCGCACAAUGUCACCUGGGCGGACCUGAAGAGCACGGAGGAGGCCACCUUCCCGCAGGCUGAGGACCUGUACCUCGCCUUCCCGCUGGCCUUCUGCAUCUUCAUGGUGCGGCUCCUCUUCGAGAGAUUUGUAGCCAAACCAUGUGCCAUAGCCCUCAACAUCCAGGCCAAUGGACCACAAAUUGCCCAGCCAAAUGCCAUUCUGGAAAAGGUCUUCACUGCAAUUACGAAGCAUCCUGAUGAAAAGAGACUGGAAGGCCUCUCCAAGCAGCUGGACUGGGACGUUCGCAGCAUUCAACGCUGGUUUCGACAAAGAUGCAACCAGGAGAAGCCAAGCACACUGAGGAAGUUCUGCGAGAGCAUGUGGAGAUUUUCAUUUUCCCUUUAUGUAUUUACCUAUGGAGUCCGGUUCCUAAAAAAGACCCCCUGGUUGUGGAAUACAAGGCAUUGCUGGUACAACUACCCCUAUCAGCCACUCACAACUGACCUUCACUACUAUUAUAUCCUGGAGCUGUCGUUUUAUUGGUCAUUAAUGUUUUCCCAGUUCACUGAUAUCAAAAGAAAGGACUUUGGCAUUAUGUUCCUGCAUCACCUUGUAGCUAUUUUCUUGAUUUCCUUUUCAUAUGUCAACAAUAUGGCCCGAGUAGGGACGCUGGUCCUCUGUCUUCACGAUUCAGCUGAUGUUCUUCUAGAGGCUGCCAAAAUGGCAAAUUAUGCCAAAUUUCAGAAAAUUUGUGAUCUUCUGUUUGUUAUGUUUGCUAUGGUUUUUAUCACCACACGACUGGGUAUAUUUCCUCUCUGGGUGUUAAAUACCACGUUAUUUGAAAGCUGGGAGAUCGUUGGACCUUACCCUUCCUGGUGGGUUUUUAAUCUACUGCUGUUGCUAAUCCAAGGCUUGAACUGCUUCUGGUCUUACUUGAUUGUAAAAAUAGCUUGCAAAGCUAUUUCAAAAGGCAAGGUGUCCAAGGAUGAUCGAAGUGAUAUUGAGUCUAGCUCAGAUGAAGAAGACUCAGAACCUCCAGGGAAGAACCCCCACACUGCGACUACCACCAAUGGGACCAGUGGUACCAAUGGGUACCUCCUUACUGGGUCUUGCUCCGUGGAUGAUUAAUUACUCAAUACUACAAGUCCCGAACAAAGUGAACUGUUUGUUCCUGGAAGUAUUUAAUAAGUUGCAAAUGCAGUUCCUUUCAUUAUAUCUCAGCACCAGAAACAAAAAUUAGGGUUAUCAAAGCAUUUUGAAUAGUGCACUGCCAUAUGUCCUGUCUGUGAAUGAAGAAGAAUUACCAUUCUCUAUAUGUAGGCAUGCUGUAUGUAAUUGACACAAGGGAACAGUAUUUGCAUUUGUACUGUCUUAGAAUAUUAUUUAUAUUUCAUUUUUGUUUGUAAAUCUGCGGACAAAAGAGGGUUUCCUCACUCCUUUUACUCUCUGGGUUCAUGACAGUGAGGGAGAUGUGCCAUCUGCUUCUACCCCUUUCUAUUGCUGUAACUCAGUUCGAUAGGAGCAUCAGCUUUAUUUGUCACUUAGAGCAAGCAAAAUCCAGCGCAAGAUUCUCGUACUGCUCCAAACAGGUUUGCUUUCUUUGUGUUACAGUGCCUGUUUUGAAAUUGCCUAUAUAGUCUCAGUGACCAUUUUCCCAGUGUAAAGUUUAAACAGAAUGAGCUAGGCUUUUUAAUUGUCACUCUUCAUGGUCAAUUAGCACUUCAAAUUAAACAGUAUGGUUAUUUGAGAACUUAAAAAAAAUUGUUUUGUAUUGAAUUGCUUUGGAACAGACGUUAUUUCUUGUGCACAUGGCCAAGAUGUCUUCAAUGAGUAUGGUAACUAGUUGGAGGUGAACCUUGUAGGUUACAGAGGGGUUUUUUGUUUCUUUGUUUAUUCCCUAUUAUGAGGUCAGUGCUCUGGCUCUGAAGGAAGACAUUUGCGUUAAGGUCAUCGUUGAAACCAGUGAAGUCACUCUUACUGUUGGGAAUUUGUCCUGUGAUCUGAGAAUAACAGAAAGAGAAUAGCUGAUUUCAACCAGGUUUCAGCACUACCCCUAUAAUUACCACAGUCAUGAAAAAGAGAAGCUAAGCAUAAUUUGGCACAGCAAAGGAGACUUUGAACAGUUGGCAAAGGUCAUCUCUAGUGCAAAGCACUUUAUUGCAAUCGGCAUUCGAGGAAGUGCCUAUCUAGUAUUUGAUCUUGAUGUUUUGAUUUUUCCGAACAAAAUAAAGCCAAUGGGAGGAGGACGAUUUUACUGUUUGUCUUUUCUCCUUAAAUAUGACCCAUAGUGACUCUCCUGUUGCUAGAAACUGAGCAGUGUUGCACUUGAAGUCCUUUGGUUUGCUUCUUUGAAGACUUGUUCAGUUUCCAGGAAUUUUUAUUCAAACGGAGCUAUUUCCAGAAAAAGAAAAGAUAAAAAUUAUACCGGACUAUGGCAAUAUCAGCAAUGAGAAAGAUUGCCAAAAAAUAAGUUGCUGUAGUCUCCUACCUGGCAGUGUUACGUAUGUAUAAAUAAGAAAACCAUUCACAUAAGCCAAAGAUUUUAUCUCUUUUCUUCCAACUUUUAGUAAGAGGGAAUAAAAAGGUAUUACAAACACUUAUUUCAUACACAAAACAAGAGUCGAAAACGACAAGGUAGUAACAUAAAUCUGUGAGUCAGAUGAUAGUGAAGACAACAGGAGCAGAAAUCCUAGGGAGUGCGUGUCUUCUUAUGGCCGUUCAAAUUUUUGAAAACAUUGAAAUAAAUCUUUGUGCCCACAAUUUGCAACCUGUGAGUUAAUAGUCAAAAUAAUACUCCCAAACAAAACCUCACACCGGGCUAUUAAAUCUUUCCCCACCUGUAUAUGAAAGAGUCUGUUUCUGUAAGGCCCAUAGUAAUAAUCGAAGAGCUUUAGACAUAUAUCUGCUUGUUUAUUGAGAAAACGAUGCAACUAAUUAUUCUCAUAAAGCCUUGUUAUUUUAUUUCACAAAACAGGGCUAUGUCUAGGAGUAUAAUUUGUGGAUGGUUUGAGAUCAGUCAUAAAACAUCAAAAACACUUGUUCGUCAUCUGAACAUCUGCUAAAAGGCAGAUAUAUAAAAUGUAGCAGCAAGCAUGUUAUGUAGCUGAAAAAUGUUGAGAAGGUGAAAGUUUCCCUUAUUAUCAACUAAAAUAUGGAAAAGAAGAGUGAAUUGUAUCUUGCUUUAGUGUCUGGAGCAAGUCCUCACAACGGGAGAAAUAAACCAGAGAACCACAGUGUGUUCACAUUGGGAUCAUCUGAUACUCUACCACAGAAGAAUAACUUCAGAAGAUCGGCUUGUAAAUUAAUGGUUUAGCAGAGUUGCAUGAAAUGAAGUAAAUUGAGUCUGUCCUCAGCAAAUACAAAUCUAAGCAAUCUUUUGUUUUUCCCAAAAGUCACCUCAAAGGAGGACUGAGAAUACUGAGCCUCAGUGACCGAUACAUUAAUACAGUCCCCAGUGUAUCCAUAGAUUUUUAUUUCAUUUUUCCAUUUUAGGGCAGAGAGUUCUUUUUGAUUAAUCAAAGUGGUGUUUGUAGACCUGUUAGGAUGAAAAAUAAUAUAUUUCUGUCUACUCCUCCCCCAUGGUGGCAUGAUAAGACUGAGAGAAAAAAAAAUAUGAGUUAUCUUAUCUUCUACUUGUGCCAGGCCAUAGCUUUGGAAGUGUAUUUUGUAAAUUCAACUGUAGGUUACUGAAAGUGUUGUUUCCCAUUAAUUAACUUAGCCCAUGUCGAUAUCUCCUUCCUCCUGGUCGUAUUCAAACCUUUCCAGGAUAACAAGGGGUGUGUAGGAAGGAGUCUAGAAAAAGUAAUAUUUUAUUCUCUAAUGCUAUAUAGCUUUUCUAGAUCUCUUAGUGGAGAAAAAAGUAGAAAGUCAAGUAGAAUUUGGCCUUGGGUCAAUAGAUGACAUGAAAAUGUGGUCUAUGUAUGUUACAUGUAUGUUUCUCCAAAAACAUGAUAAAACCAAAAUAGCACUGACUCAUCCUUAUCCAUAUUUUUUUCAUUAAAAACCAUCCACCGUGUACAGUAGAAACUUCCCACCUCCCUCUCAACUUCCUGUUCGUGCCACUCACCCGGCUGAGACUGGUAGGAUCCUUUCAGCCUCUUGCCUUAGGCUAAGAUCACAAAGGGCCUAAGGUCAGCAUAUAAGCCAAAUGUAGUUCACAUUUCCAAAUUCAGUGGUGCACAGGUGGAGAAUAGAGGAGUAACUGUCAGUAUUUGGGAUGAUUAAGGUGAAUGUCAGAAAAAAGGAAUUUGGUUGCUGUUUCACCCCAAGAUUUUAUUAACAUCCAACUCCUGCCAGGCUGCGAGACAGAUGGUGUCCCGAGGUACCAUCAGAUAAUGGAACAAGUAACUGACAAAGAUGAACUAGGAAGGUGGGUAGGCUCCCCAAAGAAAGCAAGCAGUUGGGUGAGAGAAAUAACUCUUCACUGAGAUAAAAUCAGACCACAUUUAUCCAAAAUCGUGGGUGAACCUCAAAAUGUCCAGUUCUGUUGCCAACAUCCCAUUCUGAGUAUUUGAUUGAGGUUGCAUUUGAGCAAACUGAAUGCUUUUACCUUAGGCAGAAAGGGUCUGGACCUCCCACUUGGUGUAUUUGAACCUCACUGUUAUUUAGGCUGAAGUAAAAAAUGAGAUUUCGGUUCAGUUCUCCUGAAUCUUUGCAAAAGAGCCCUUCAGAGAGAACUUUGUGGACACCCAUGAUUGUUCUCCUUCUGUUCAUGACUUUGUAUCGAUAGUUAUUUUUGUCGCUUUCUUAGAAAUGUUAAUGCCAAAGUUGCCUGAAUAUUUGAGUAUUCUUAAUUUGCAGUGUACAGAAUAAUUCCAAAGGUGUUAAGAGAUUCUGUUUGUGUAUGUGAUGCUGUCGUUAUGUCCAGAGAGGCUUCAAGAAAUCCUUUGGAAAUAAAA